AUGUAUUUCUCGUUCUGGACCACGACACUCUCAUUACAUGCACUCGCAGCCACAGUAUCCGCCUGGCCACAGGUUGGGCCGCACGACCGCAAGCUCAACUACCGAUUCUUGCCCUCCCUCGACGACGAGGACCUCUCCUCCGGCCAUGGAGCCUCCCACAGCACACUGCACAUCCCCACAGCGAACCGUCGACACCUGCCCACGCUCGACGACGACGAUGUCUUCACCCUGCCCAUCGUCCACGCGCCCAAGCCCGCCCUCGUCUCACGCAACCUCGAGAUCCAGCUAGAGAACCGCUCCGACGUGGCCUACUAUGCGCCACUGUACAUUGGCAGCCCCGCGCAGCAGAUCUACGCCCAGCUCGACACGGGCUCCUUUGAGCUCUGGAUCAACCCGGACUGCGCCGGCCUCACGUCCAAGACGGACCGCACCUUUUGCGCUGCCGUGGGGCACUACGACCCAGACGACUCCAAGACCGCCAAGGACACGGGCGACAGCAAGACGAUGAACUAUGGCGUCGGCAAGGCCGAGGUCGACUACUACACGGACGACAUGGCCUUCUCGGACGACAAGGGCGCCAAGACCAUCAAGGCAGUGCAGUUUGGCGUCGCGCGCAACAGCGAGGACCAGUUUGCUGGCGUCCUCGGCCUCGGUCACGGCAAGGGCGUCAACACGGACUACCCCACCGUCCUCGACGAGCUCUACGCGCAGGGCGUCAUGAAGCGCAAGGCCUUUAGCGUCGCCCUCGGCAGCAAGGCCGAGGGCACCGGCGUCGUCGCCUUUGGGGGCGUCGACACGGCCAAGUUCACCGGCCCCCUCGUCGCCCUGCCCAUCCUCCCCGCCAAGGACAGCCCGGACGGCGUGGCGCGGUACUGGGUCGAGCUCGAGGGCAUUUCCCACGGCGGCAGCACCGUCCAGGGUUCCGGCAUGCCCGUCUUCCUCGACACGGGCGCAACGCUGACGCUCUUGCCCCCGAGCGUCGUCAAGCGCAUCGCCACUGGUCUGGGCUCGUCCGGCCAGGACAGCGCGGGCUACUACGACGUCGACUGCGCGCUGGUGGACGAGGAUGAGACCAUUGACUUUGAUUUUGAUGGGGGCCUGACGGUCAAGGUACCCUACCGGGAGGCCAUUCGGCAUUUCCACAACGGCGGCGAUCCGAGGUGCUACCUGGGCAUUGCGUCGAGCGAGGAUUACGCCCUGCUGGGGGACACGUUCCUACGGUCCGCCUAUGUGGUCUUUGACCUCGAGUCGGACACCGUCUUCAUGGCGCAGUAUGAGAACUGCGGCCGCCAGGUGAAGGCUAUCAGCGGCGAUCUCGAGGGGAUCAAGGGGUCUUGUGGUGUCAGCACCAAGUCUGGUGAGGACAAGGACGAGAAAGCGGACAAGGCGGCUCCCAAGACGACCACCCAACAACAGGCCAUGGCUUCGUCUACGGCAGAAUCGUCCUCUACUGAGGUCUCUACCAAAGCGUCUACCGAAGCGUCUACCGAAGCGUCUACCGAAGCGUCUACCGAGACGAACUCAGCUACAACGACUGUCUCCAAGCCCAAGGAGACGACGUCCUCUGACGAGACUGACGAGGACUCCACGGAGGAGGAGGAGAAACCGCAAAAGGAGAAGGAAAAGUCCCCAGAAGAAGAGGAGAAGCCCCAGGAGGAAGAGGAAAACGCACAGUCAGACUCAGUCAUCAGCAGCAACGACAGCGAGGAAGCCAACGACAUCGAGCCCGACAGCGCAGCCGGCAAGGUCGACAGCCUCUUCUUUCUGAGUGUGGUCGUCGUUGUAGUCGUGGCAAUGUUCUAA